AUGGAGUGUACACCUGCUAGAAAGACACAGAAAGCUGACCGAGAAAAGUUAAGGAGGGAUCGACUCAAUGAACAGUUUGUAGAACUGGGUAACAUUUUAGACCCUGAUAGACCUAAAAAUGAUAAAGCAACCAUUCUGGGCGAUACAGUUCAAUUGCUGAAGGACCUUACUUCUCAAGUUAGUAAACUAAAAGAUGAAUAUACUAUGCUAAAUGAAGAAUCUCGUGAGUUGUCUCAGGAGAAAAAUGAUCUCAGAGAAGAAAAGGCUUCUCUUAAAUCAGAUAUUGAGAAUUUGAAUAACCAGUAUCAGCUGCAACUCAGGACUAUGUAUCCAUGGCCUACAAUGGAUCAUUCAGUAAUGAUGGCUCCACCAUCAUACCCGUAUCCAGUUCCAAUGCCGGUACCUCCUGGUUCAAUUCCCAUGCAGCCAUACCCCUACUAUGCUAACCAACAUCCUGCAAUCAUCCCUAAUCCCUGUUCGACAUAUGUUCCGUUUUUAGCCCCCAACACAAUUGUUGAACAGCAAUCCACACAGUACGUAUCCCCGCCUCUUCAUCCAGGUAGCCGGUCCCACAUAUCAGGAAAACAGGAAUCCAAAAACAAAUCAUCGAGGGAAAGCAGAGCUGAAAGAAAUGCAGAUUCUAAUGAUGUCGCCACAGACCUUGAGUUGAAGACUCCUGGGUCUUCUGCAGAUCAGGAUUUAUCAUCUGCACAGAAAAGAUCUAAUAAGUCUCCUUCGAGGAAGGAAAACAGUUACACAGAAGGUAGUUCGUUAGGCAAGUGUUCUUCAUCUCACAGUGUUCAGGAUAGCUCAUCAAGUAGUGUAGUUGGAAGCAGAAAGGCUAGUGAAUGA